AUUUUGUUUGUUAGGCAAAGUUCUCUUUUGCGCUCAAACUUUCACCAUCCAAACAUAACCUUAAGCAGUGAAUUGGGGAGCCUGAUUUUCAAAGUUCAAAGAUUGCAAAGGUGGCUUCGGCCGUCGCAGAACCCUAACUGUGACUCCUUUGCCGUUCGUCAGAUAGCUGGCCGCCGUGACUAGUGACUUCUUUAUAUUUACAGGCACACAUUUGUUUUAAGUAAUAACUUGUAUUACCUUCCUCUCCAAAAAGGCUGCAGCACAACACUACACCAAAUUUUCUUCCUUCUACACAGUGCAACGCGACACUUUCCUUUCUCUCCUAAAGGCUGCAGCAUAAGAAGGAGACGCGCAGCAGGGAGAAGCGGUCGCACAGUGAUUAAGCCAAGAAGGAACACAAAAGCGGAUGCAGAAGUGAAACCUACAUUAGAUAAAUCAUUCAAUCGAAAAUCCUGAACAGUAUGAAGACGCUGAACAGUAUGAAGACGCUAGGACGGGCUUCUAAAUUGAAAAGAAAAAGGGAAGAAGGUAAAGGCAAGAAAAAAAAGAAAAGAUGUAACAAGGAGGAAAAAAGCAAGGUUGUAGACAUCCGUGAACCUUAUAACAUGCUAGAGGAUGACCAUAAUGAAGGAGAAGGGUUUGACAAUGAGUCUACUAAAAGCAAAGUUGUGGAAAAUUUGAGGCAAGAUCCUGAUGAAAAUGAUUCUGGAUUAACAGAAGGUUCUGAAAUCGAAGAUGUUGAGUUUCAUUCAGAUGAAGAGGAUAUUGGAAUUAAUGGUCAAACAGCUUAUGAAGAUUCAACGCAUUUGAGCUUUUUCGAUUUACAUUUGCAACAUAGUUUAUCGAAAGAAGAAAUUGACUGCAAAAGUAAUGUGAAAUUUAGCUGGGAGACUCCAGCAAUUGGUAUGAAAAAUUGCAAGUGGAUAGGAACUGGAAAGAACAUUAUGGAGGGUUUGGAUAUCAAUUCUUGUCACGGUCUCAAGGAAAAGUUGUCUGAACAUUGGAUGGAUGUCUAUAAGACAUCUGGGGGCAAAGAUAUGAGUUCACCUAAACAAAGCAUAUUUUUCUCCCUUUGCAGCAGCUAUCGGGAUAUACUUUACUGUAAUAAGAGGCCUUUCUAUCUCAAAGGCCUUGAAGAUGCAAGUAUUAUGGAUGCUUACAUAAUGCAUUCUCUGAAUCAUGUCUUCAGAACUAGAGACUCUGUGAAAAAAAAUGAUGCCAAACUGACCAAGCUUAAAGAAUAUACUGAAAGUGAUAAAUUUCGAGAUCAAGGUUUUACCCGACCUAAGGUUUUAAUAUUAUUGCCACUAGCAAGUAUUAUGUACCGUGUUGUAAAGAGGCUUAUACAUCUUACGCCUUCAGCUUACAAGGUCAAUGUUGAACAUAAGGAUCGAUUUACCACUAAAUUUGGAAGUGAAGAAGAUACAGGUGAUAUAGAAAAUGUUGACGAGUCCGAAAAUUCAAAAGCUCAUAAGUCUUCCAAAGCAUCUGACUUUCAAAUGCUUUUUGGUGGAAAUAAUGAGGAUGACUUCAUGAUUGGCAUCAAAUUCACAAGGAAGACAAUCAAGUUGUUCAGUGAUUUCCAUACCUCAGACAUUAUUAUUGCUUCAGCACUAUGCUUGGUUAAUAAAAUUGAGGAGGCCGGGAUUAAUAAGGAAAAAGAUGUAGAUUUUCUUUCAUCCAUAGAGGUUCUGUUUAUUGAUCAUGCAGAUGUAAUAUCAAUGCAGAAUUGGUCUCAUGUUCAUACGGUUAUUGAACACUUGAAUCGUUUACCAUCCAAGCAACCUGGUACAGAUGUAAUGCGCAUUAGACCUUGGUAUCUUGAUGAUCACGCAAGAUUUUACAGGCAAACAAUAAUACUGGGUUUUUAUUCAAAUCCAGAUAUAAAUGCUUCAUUCAAUCAUCAGUGUGUUAAUUAUGAAGGGAAGGUGAAACUGAUGUGUGAAUACAAAGGUGUCUUACACAAAGUGCUACCGGAAAUAAGACAAAUUUACGAACGAUUUGAUGUAGACUCAAUAGUAGAAGCUGAUGAUGCCCGUUUUGAUUAUUUUAUUACAAAGGUUUUCCCCAGAAUAAAAGAUUUAGAUCAGGGAGGGACAAUGUUAUUUACCAGUUCUUACUUUGAAUUUAUUCGACUCCGUAAUUUCUUAAAGUCAAAGAAUGCCUCCUUUUGUUUGCUGGGGGAGUAUACAACCCAAAGUGAUAUCUCUCGUGCACGUCUUUGGUUCUAUGAAGGAAGUAGAAAAGUGAUGCUUUACACUGAGAGAUCUCAUUUUUACCACAGAUAUAAGAUUCGAGGGGUUCAGAAUUUAAUCAUUUAUUCCCUUCCAGAGAGGAAGGAAUUUUACCCUGAGAUUGUGAAUAUGCUUGAUGGGUCUAACAAUAUGACUUGUACUGUCCUUUUUUCCUGCCUUGACAAGCUUCGGCUUGAAAGAAUUGUUGGCACUACUCCAGCCAAAAGGAUGGUGGCUGCGGAGAAGGGUGUUUUUGUUUUCUGCCACUAGAAUUCUGCCUGGGAAGCCAUGCAAAAUAGUUUUUGGGUCCGUGGUGAUGGCAUCGUGUAUUAGUAUGUUACUCUUGAGAAUUAUUGUAACACGAGCAUGACUGGAAAAUUGGUUUUUCGAGGUAGAAUGGAGGGACACUACUCGACAACAACAUUCAUGGAGAAAAAUCCUGAGUUGGUUUUGUAUAUUAGUUUUGAUUUAACAGUUAAAUGUAUCAGAGGCAAUUUUUAUGAACAAAUUAUACCAUAGAUUGAAUUAGGAAUUUCUAGGAAACAUUGAGCCAAGAUUUUGAAGUUAAAUGUAAACUCUACCUUUUAGUGUUAGUUUUAUAUAAGGAAUGUUGAAUUUAGCAACCUCUGAAUUGCAUAUGCUUUUGCAAACCAUUAUAAGAGAUUACGUAUUUAACAUCUCUGAAUAACCCCCCGCUUGUUAGUGACAUUCAUGACACUUUUUCUCGGUGAAGUGCAAGGAGCCUUAGGUAAAUCAAAAGCCUCUAGGAAAAGCAACACCUGAAGAAUCAUCUAACAGAUGCAAGAGACAGAGAUGGAAAGGGUGGAGAAUUCUGAAAAAUGUGAAAGGUGAUUUGAAUACAGUAUGAGGAAAAUGUACUAUUUCAAACGAGGAAAAUAUAUAAUCAGUAGAUUUCAUACGGUGUA